CGGCGGUAGCCUACUCAGUUCGUUCGGUACUGAAGUCUGGGCACUAGCACUAGCACUUGUUUCCUUGGGAAGAAUAAUAUUGUUGAACCAUUUUCUUAGCGGGACCCAUGAGCGGGACGAAGGCUAUCUGCAGUUAACUAAUCCCAAUCGAUUUUUCGGUCCCAGAUCACCAUCUUUAAACAGCCAUGAAGUUCCGAUCAAAAAUGAUUGACGUGGGAUGUCUUAAUCACUUCACGCGUGUCGUGAACACGAUUGCUAAACUGAACAAGACCUGCGUCCUGCGACUCACUCCUGAUAACCUCUACUUUGUGCUCUCCGGGAAGGUGUCCAACGGCGGGGUUAGCAUGUGGUGCGAGUUAUUACAAGUGAACUUCUUUGAUGAAUAUCAGAUAGAGGGUGUAUCACCAGAUGCCAAUGAGAUAUGUCUGGAGUUGGCUCCAGAGAACAUAUCGAGAGCUCUGAAGACAGCCCAAAACGCCAAGUCCGUCAAAAUCAAACUAACCAAGAAACACUGCCCCUGUCUCACCCUUGCCGCAGAUCUGCCCUCGUUGUCCAGUGUGAGUCGUGUUGUCACGCACGAUAUCCCAGUGGAUGUCAUACCCCGACGUAUGUGGCACGACUUCAAAGAACCCAGCAUGCCAGACUUUGACGUCAGCAUAUAUUUGCCUCCUCUCAAAAUAAUGAAGAAUGUUGUGGACAGGAUGAAGAACCUGUCCAACUAUUUGGUCAUUGAAGCAAACCUCAGUGGUGAGAUGAAUCUGAAGAUUGAGACUGACUUGGUGUCCGUGACGACACACUUCAAAGACCUUGGGAACCCACCGUGGGGUGACGACGCAUCGCAGAGCCGGAGCCGUGACAUGGAGGCCAUGGCACACACUCGCGUGGACAUCAGGAAGCUGCAGCAGUUCCUCGCGGGCCAGCAGGUCAACCCCAGCAAAGCCAUGUGCAACAUCGUUCACAAGCGAAUUGUGCACUUGAUCUUGCUACACGAGGACGUAUCCCUGCAGUACUUCAUCCCUGCCGUGGCAUGAGUGGGCAUCUGGUGGGCUCUCCUCAUCCCUGCCGUGGCAUGAGCUGGCAUCUGGUGUGGUCUCUUUUGAAGUGUCCAGACCCUGGACGCUGCGUGUCCUGGAGAGGAGCCAUUCAGAGUGGGCGCAAGAUGACUAGAGUCUCGGCAGUGAUGUACUGCAUUCUCUGAUCUUUAAUGAGGCAGGAAGUUAGAUCUAUUGUUUACAAGCUUGCUGCUCUCAAGUGGAUGCUGCUGAUUUCUUUGCAUCAUUGCCAUUGUUCAAUUGCAUCAAGUGUGAUACUUGGGUGGAGUUCAAUACUACAGUGUAGAUAGCUUAUUGUAACUAUGUGAGUUUGAUGCUUUGAAUAACAAGUUGAUGCUAUAAGAUGCCCUGUUUAUAAAUAUGUAUUUAUUUCCUUUUCUAAAUAUUCCAAAAUAAGAUUGUUGUGCUUUCUAUAAAGAGUGUUUUGUUGACUUUCAAUUCUGAAUUAUCAAUAGCAAAAAAUAAAAUAAAAAAGUGGCAGCAAUGUAGAAGCUUUGUAAUGUCUUGCAUAAUUGUGGAUCAUGUUCAAAACUAUAUAAAAAGCCAGUCAAGGAUAGCAGUGGGAGAGGGGAGAGAAGAAACAAGAAUUUCUGUAACUGACUGUAGCAAUCAAUUGUAAUUACCCACUGCUUUCGGACCGACCGGGAAGAGUAGGUGAUUGUCUUGUAUUUAUAUCGCAAUGUUUA